AUGCAGAAUUCAGAGAGUGGAUCCGAGUCACCAGCAUCUGUGACUUUGCGUCCGUCGGUGGCAACCCCGGCAUCCGGGGCCCAGCCCGUGCCCGCCUCACCACAGCGGGUGUUGGUCCAGGCAGCGGGCUCCACACCCAAAGGGGCCCAGAUGCAGCCGAUCUCCCUCCCCAGGCUACAGCAGGUGCCACAGCAGGUCCAGCCCGUGCAGCAUGUCUACCCGGCUCAGGUGCAGUACGUGGAAGGGGGUGACACCGUCUACACCAACGGAGCCAUACGGACGGCCUAUGCCUACAACCCUGACCCCCAGAUGUACGCCCCCAGCAGCGCCGCAUCGUACUUCGAGGCGCCAGGCGGUGCCCAGGUGACUGUGGCAGCCUCGUCCCCACCAGCAGUCCACUCCCACAGCAUGGUGGGCAUCGCCAUGGAUGUCACGGGGACCCCCAUCAUCUCCAGCACGGGCGCCUACCUCAUCCAUGGGGGGAUGGAGAGUGCCAGGCACACCCUGGCCCACACGUCCCGGUCAUCGCCAGCCACGCUUGAAAUGGCGAUUGGAAACCUCCACAAAAGUGAAGGCAUUACCUCACACAAAAGCGGUUUACUCAACAGCCAUCUCCAGUGGCUGCUGGACAACUACGAAACCGCCGAGGGCGUGAGCCUGCCCAGAAGCUCCCUGUACAGCCACUACCUGCGCCACUGCCAGGAGCACAAGCUGGACCCCGUGAACGCUGCCUCCUUCGGGAAGCUCAUCCGCUCCGUGUUCAUGGGCCUGAGGACGCGGCGCCUGGGAACCAGGGGCAACUCCAAGUACCAUUACUACGGGAUCCGCCUGAAGCCAGACUCGCCGCUGAACCGGCUGCAGGAGGACACGCAGUACAUGGCCAUGCGCCAGCAGCCCGUGCACCAGAAGCCCAGGUACCGGCCAGCCCAGAAGACGGACAGCCUUGGGGACAGUGGCUCCAACAGCAGCCUACACAGUACUCCGGAGCAGUCCAUGGCGGCCCAGAGCCAGCACCACCAGCAGUACAUAGAUGUCUCCCACGUCUUCCCAGAGUUCCCGGCCCUGGAUCUGGGCGGCAUGCUACUGCAAGGAGACCUUACACUACGUGACGUCAAGGCCCUGCAGCUGGCCUACAGGCGGCACUGCGAGGCCACGCUGGACGUCGUCAUGAACCUGCAGUUCCACUUCGUUGAGAAGCUCUGGUUUUCCUUCUGGAACUCAAAAGCCACCUCCGGCGACAGCCCCUCCUCCAUACCUGCCAGCGAUGAAGAACCCGAGGGGGUCAUCCUCCCGAAGGACAAGCUCGUUGCCCUGUGCAAAUACGACCCCAUCCUGAAGUGGAUGCGGAGCUGUGACCACAUCCUGUACCAGGCGCUGGUGGAGACACUCAUCCCCGACGUGCUGCGGCCCGUGCCCAGUACCUUGACACAGGCCAUCCGUAAUUUUGCCAAGAGCUUAGAAGGCUGGUUGACAAACGCCAUGAGUGACUUUCCCCAGCAAGUCAUCCAGACGAAGGUCGGCGUGGUCAGUGCCUUCGCCCAGACUCUGCGCAGAUACACGUCACUCAACCACCUCGCGCAGGCGGCCCGGGCCGUGCUACAGAACACGUCGCAGAUAAACCAGAUGCUCAGCGACCUCAACCGUGUGGACUUUGCCAACGUGCAGGAGCAAGCCUCGUGGGUGUGCCAGUGUGAAGAGAGCGUGGUGCAGCAGCUGGAGCAGGAUUUCAAGCUGACGCUGCAGCAGCAGAGCUCCCUGGACCAGUGGGCCAGCUGGCUGGACAACGUGGUCACCCAGGUGCUGAAGCAGCACGCCGGCAGCCCCAGCUUCCCCAAGGCCGCCCGGCAGUUCCUGCUGAAGUGGUCCUUCUACAGCUCCAUGGUGAUCCGGGACCUGACCCUGCGCAGCGCCGCCAGCUUCGGUUCCUUCCACCUGAUCCGCCUGCUCUACGACGAGUACAUGUUCUACCUGGUCGAGCACCGCGUCGCAGAGGCCACGGGAGAGACGCCCAUCGCGGUCAUGGGAGAGUUCAACGACCUUGCCUCACUGUCACUGGCGCUGCUCGACAAAGAUGACAUUGGCGAUGACCGGGGAGGUGAGCCCCACGUGGACACUCACAGCCUGGGCGAGCCCCUGGUGAAGCGUGAGCGCAGCGACCCCAACCAUGCCCUCCAGGGCAUCUAG